AUGGAUGAGGAAAAAACGGCCGCUGUGUCGGCGGUGAACACUGUCAGCCUAGCCUACUUUAAAGUGGACCCAGCUUUAUUUUUCGCACAGUUAGAGUCGGAGUGCGAACUGAGAGGAAUUACCUCCCAGAAAACAAAAUUUAAUUUAGCGGUCUCCAAGUUGCCUCUCGAAGCUGUCCAGGAGGUGAGAGAAAUUAUUAUCUCUCCGCCGAAAGAUAAGCCAUAUUACAAGUUAAAAGAGGAACUUGUUCGGAGGACGUCUAUGUCACGGCAAAAGAAAUUGUCGCAUCUUUUGCAUGAGGAACAAUUGGGAGACAGCAAGCCGUCGCAAUUUUUACGUCGUUUGCAGCAUCUAGCCGGAGAAAGUAAUGAGGAUGGCAUUAUACGUCAUAUUUUUCUCCAGCGUUUGCCCUCUGCGUAUCACGCUGUUUUAGCCGCGGUGGGUGAAGAUGCACCCGUCGAAAAGCUGGCUGAAAUAGCAGAUAAUAUAGCUGACCUAACUUCGGGAUGCACUGCUCCCGUUUCUGCCGUACAGACACAAGAGCCAGAUCCGCUGGCUAAACUUUUGGAGGGACAACGAAGGUUAGAGGCUAAGAUGGAAGACUUAGAGAGACGGUUGCAGAAGGUUAGCAUUCUCCGCUCCCAAAGUACAGGUCGUGUAAGAACUGUUAGCAAGGAGCCAAUGUGCUACUUACACAGGAAAUUAUUGCAAAACCCCCACCCCCCGUUCCUUCAAUUCGCAACAGGGAAAAGCCUAGGCUGGCGACCGGUGGCGACCCGGUGCGCCGGCGUGGGAGAGGUUUGUCGCUUACUAUUUGUUUCGGACCGCACUACUGGUAUACGUUUUCUCGUGGACAGUGGUGCGCAAAUAUCUUUAAUUCCUGCCACUAGGGCAGACAAGUUAAAAGGCUCUCACAAACUUACCUUGCAGGUCGUGAAUAAGUCGUUCAUCCAGACUUAUGGUCAGAGGUGCCUUACAUUGAAUUUGGGUCUGAGACGGGUUUUCACCCAUUUCUUUGUCCUUGCGGAUGUAAAGAAGGCCAUAUUGUGUGCAGAUUUUUUACACAAAUUUGGUCUUCUCAUUGAUGUUCACAGACGUUGUCUGACAGACCCUAAGACAAAUACUCAUUCGCCGAGAGCCAUUCAUAAUGUAAUUCCAUUAUGUCCUACUGUGGCUAACACAGAAGAUAAUCCUAUGUUCUGUGAACUCCUAAAAAAGUUUGAGAGCAUUACCAAACCGGCUUUUCACAAAGAUAGGUUACCCCACAAUAUAACACACCGCAUUGCUAUAGCGGUCCUCCUGUUCACAGCCGUCCUCGUCGUCUGGCACCGGAAAAAUUGA